GGGGGGCGUGACGCCUCCCCCCACGUCGGGCCUGUGGUGGCUCUGUUUCCUCUGCGUUGUCCCGUGUGCGGGUGCUGCCGACGGUUUAAUAAAGAGCCCCCUCUCCCGGGUCCUGUGAGGUGCGUGGACCUUGUCAGGCUUCACGUCUGUGAUUUGUUAUGACUUCCCUUUCCAGUCGAAUAAACAGCUUUGAAGCCAGCUUUCCGUGACCAUCUCCUAUGCGUCUUUCUUAAAGAAGCCUCACCCCCUUGUGUAAGGGGAGCCGCCCAGCCCCCCACAACACGCGUCGGGGGCAUGGGUUGCCUUCUCGUGGACGCACAAGGAGUGAGCUGGGGUCACCUCGGGGUGGGUCUGGACAAGCCCUCAGGCUUUGCUGUGAAGCCCCACGUGGGACAAAGGAAACAUCCACGUUAGUUUUUGUCUGAGGGACACCAGGUGGCCGUGGCCACCCGCCUGUGCUUCCCUGACUUCCAAAAGGCGUUUUAUUUUGUUAUUAUUGUUAGGUAUGUUUGCAUGGAUUUCAGGGGAGAGACGGAGUGAGGGAUAGAAACCAAUGACGAGAGAAUCAUGGAUCCGCUGCCUCCUGCACGUCCCCCCUGGGAUCCAGCCCGCAGCCCUGGCUGUGCCUGACCUGGUUGGUGACUUGAUGCCGGGCACUCACACUUCCCAAAAGGAAAGAACGAGAAGAGCAGAUGCUGGGCGUCGGGGAGAGUUGGCUCGGCCUCUGCCAGCCGCCCCGGAGCCUGACUCCGUCCGCCUCUCUGCGUUCCCACACUGCUCCGUCCCGCAGGUCAGGGAUGUUUCAAACAGGAAGCUGUCUGCAGAUAACACGGGGGCCCGGCCUGGGUUGCUGGGCGGUGGGACAGCCCCGGCCGCUCCCCUCCGGUGGGGCUGCACCGCCCGCCCGCCCGCCUGCCCACAGUGUCCUGCUGGGUCCCCGGCGGUCAGGACGCCCCUUCGCCUCGCCUGCGCCUCAGGAGCCAGUGCCGCCCACACUCAGGAUGGGGGGGCAGCUGGCACUCAUCAGCCUGGCCUUGCUGUCGCUGGUCCUGCCUGCUGACUCUCAGCAGACGGCGGACGACGCCUGCUCUGUGCAGAUCCUGGUCCCUGGCCUCAAAGGGGACGCUGGAGAGAAGGGCGACAAAGGCGCUCCCGGACGGCCUGGGAGAGUGGGCCCCACAGGAGAGAAAGGGGGCGUGGGCGACAAGGGGCAGAAGGGCAGCGUCGGCCGCCACGGGAAGAUCGGUCCCAUCGGCUCUAAAGGUGAAAAGGGGGAUUCGGGCGACAUGGGGCCUCCAGGCCCCAGUGGAGAACCAGGCGUCCCCUGUGAGUGCAGCCAGCUGAGGAAGGCCAUCGGGGAGAUGGACAACCAGGUCACCCAGCUGACCUCGGAGCUGAAGUUCAUCAAAAACGCUGUCGCCGGCGUGCGUGAGACGGAGGGCAAGCUCUACCUGCUGGUGAAGGAGGAGCGGGCCUACCUGGACGCCCAGCGGGCCUGCCAGGGGCGCGGGGGCGCGCUGGCCAUGCCCAGGGACGAGGCCACCAAUGGGCUCCUGGCCGCCUACGUGGCGCAGGCCGGCCUGGCCCGCGUCUUCAUCGGCAUCAGCGACCUGGACCGCGAGGGCACCUUCGUGUACGCCGACCGCUCGCCCAUGCAGACCUUCCACAAGUGGCGCGGCGGCGAGCCCAACAACGCCUACGACGAGGAGGACUGCGUGGAGAUGGAGGCCUCGGGCGGCUGGAACGACGUGGCCUGCCACCUCCCCAUGCACUUCCUGUGCGAGUUCGACAAGGAGCACGUGUGAGGCGGCCGGGUGGGGGACCGUCUCCAGGCGGGUCCGGGCGCAGCUCGCGGGGGUGGGCUGUCUGUGCCGAGCCCCGACCGUGCCGUGUGCGGGGGGCGCAGCGUCUCCCUGUCAUGUCCCAGCGCCAGGCUCGCCCUGUAGCCAGGGGUCCCCGUGCGACUGCCGCUCAGCCGGGCUCGCUCGCUCUACCCUGUAAAGUGCAUCUCCCGACGUCACCGCCGGAGCCCGCCCGCGUGCGGGUCCCGUGACGCUGCUUCCGGUCCCGGGGGAGCCCCUCCCUGGCCCGUGUCUCUGUAAGUGACCAGCACGCUGCCGCCUUUGCCCAGUAGGGACGCCUGUGCUUUGCUGCGAACCCGGGUUCAGGAACGAGGAAUA